CUGCCUUGUAGCUGGACAGACACAUUCGACAGCAAAGUUGAACGGCAAGCUUGUUGCAAAAAGAUAUUACCAUGGCCAAGUUCAUUGUCGCGUGCGUGUUUCUGGCGGUCGCCCUUUUCGGUCUGAUCCAUGGAGAUCUUAUCCUGGGCACGAUCAACACGGGUGAUCGUAUCCUCUACUCACAAGUGACUGCCGCUCCCGGCAUUCCCGGCGCGUUGGUUAGCCGCUAUGUAAACUACACCGGCAUCUACAACAUUACGGCCAUCCGCGCUUACGAUCGCACGUUUAACCGUACUGGCCAGGCGCACGUUGUCGGCGGUGGACUGUACCAGCGAUUCGUCAACAUUGCCCUCCAGACACGAUUCAUCGGCAAUCCGCUCGACUUCUUGGUGGAGAUCUAUGGACGAUAAGUCAUAGUCGCAGUCACAAAUAAAGCUACCGCGUACCUCAGCAAA